UAGGAGCGGAGAAGUGGGGGGUUCCAGAGUGAUGUGGUUCCACCAGGUUCCACGUGGGUUCGACAUAAGUUCAACAACGGUGGUUCGCGGAAUCGCCAGCUGCCCAGCUGCUUUGUGCCUCUGCGCGCUACUGGCAGCCGCACGGCGAGCGUAAACAACAGCGUGUGUGCGUGUGUGGCUCCGGCAUUAUUAUAGCAUUAUUGUUUUGGGUCUGCGUCAGUUCUUUUCUCGGCGGCGGCAUGAAGUUGACGGUGACGACGCUGUCCGGCGAGCUGUACAUGCUCGACGUCGGCGCCGAGAUGGAGCUGGAGAACCUCAAGGCACUCUGCGAGUACGAGUCGUCCAUUCCGGCCCGGGAGAUGGUGGUGAUGCACGAGGGACGGCCCUUGCUGGACGACAAGCGCUCGUUGUCGGCGCACUCCAUCAAGGACGGGGACGUGCUGCUCAUUCAGCACCUGGUUCCGCCGCAGCCGAGCCAGGCCUCCAGCAGUUCGGGCACUGAGCUGAGCCUGGGCGGAGGAGCGGCCACCCAGGGGGAAGAGGACCCGGCCUUCAUCCGGGACAUGAUUCUCAAGAGCCCUGAGCAGCUGGCCCUCCUCAAGCACAACAACCCCCAGCUGGCCGACGCCUUGCUCACGGGAGACCUGGACACAUUCACGAGGGUGCUCAACGAGCAGCAGAAGGAGAAGGCCGACCGGGACCGGCACCGCAUCCGCAUCAUGAACGCAGACCCCUUUGACCCAGAGGCGCAGCGCCUCAUCGCUGAAGAGAUCAGGCAGCAGAACAUUGACUCAAACAUGGAGGCAGCCAUGGAGUACCACCCAGAGAGCUUUGGCCAGGUGGUGAUGCUGUACAUCAACUGCCGCGUCAAUGGCCACCCCGUCAAGGCCUUCAUCGACUCAGGUGCCCAGACGACCAUCAUGAGCCAGGCCUGUGCAGAGCGUUGUGCCAUCAUGCGCCUCGUGGACCCCCGCUGGGCUGGGGUGGCCAAGGGGGUCGGCACCCAAAAGAUCAUUGGGCGCAUCCACCUGGUGCAGAUAGAGAUUGAGGGGGUAUUCCUGACCUCUUCCUUCUCUGUGCUGGAGGAGCAGCCCAUGGACAUGCUGCUCGGUCUGGACAUGCUCAAGAGGCACCAGUGCCUGAUCGACCUGAAGCGCAACCUGUUGGUGAUUGGCACGACGGGCACGGAGACCCCGUUUCUGGGCGAGGGAGAGCUGCCGGACUGUGCCCGCCUGCAGCAGCUGCUGGCCUCCCAGAGCUGCUCAACACUGCAGGAGCAGGAAGAGCUGGCCAGGGCCCUGUCCUCCUCCUUGCAGCCAGGUCCCCAGUGGUCCAAGGAGCUCUCGGAGCUGGAGGCCAUGGGCUUUCCCCGGGACAUGGCUGCACAGGAACUGCAGCGUGCGGGUGGGUCCAGGGACCAGGCACUGGCAGCACUCCUCGCAAAGUCCCUGAAGGGACCAAACUCCUAGGGCCCCUGCGAGGGACGCAGCUCCAUACGGAACCUGGCCUUGCGCGCGAUCGGGGCCCCCGUGGGGAUCGGGCCCCGCGUUGGGUCUGGUUCCCUGUACGGAGACAAGGUCUGGUCUGGCUCGGGACGGGAUCUGGCCAGAUCCAACCCUACCACUCCUCGGUCUCGCCCCACCACUCCUCGGGGGGGACCCGGAUGCACGAGACUGUGCUCAACUAGCAACACUCUUACCACACUCGGCAGUGCCGCUGUUGGGCACGAACGUCGCUGCGGAGCAAAUGGAAUGUAUAAAUAAAGUUUGUACGCAUAAUUUUAAUAGUAAAA